AUGGAAGUGUAUGUUGACGAUAUGCUGGUCAAAAGCAUCAAGGCCAAGGACCACUGUCAACACCUAACCAAAAUGUUUGAUAUACUGAGGAAGUAUGGAAUGAAGUUGAACCCAAGGAAAUGUGCUUUCGGGGUCAGUUCUGAAAGAUUCCUAGGUUACAUUGUAAACAACAAAGGAAUCGAGGUAAACACUGAAAAAAUACAAGCUAUCAUCCAAAUGAAGCCUCUACUCAAAUCCAGAGACGUACAAAGUUUAACCGAAAGGGUUGUCGCCCUCAGUCGGUUCGUCUCCAAAUCUAUGGACCACUGCAAACCCUUCUUCGACACGUUACAAGCCCGACCUCCGGUGCUUUCAAAACCUAAGGCAGACGAGGCCUUGAAGAUAUAUUUAUCUGUUUCAGAGCACGCCAUUAGUGUCAUUCUAACCCAAGAAGAAAAUGGCGUUCAACAUCAGAUUUAUUACGUAAGCAAAUCGCUUCAUGAAGCCGAGCUCAGAUAUUCAACUGUAGAAAAACUGGCAUUCACCCUGCUGAUGGCAGCGCGAAAACUGAGGCCAUAUUUCUUGGAACACCCCAUUGAGGUCCUGACCAACUCUCCAUUGAGACAAAUGCUACAAAGGCUCGACACCUCUGGACGGAUGGUAAAAUGGGCAGUGGAGCUCAGACAAUUCGACAUCAAAUACACGCCUCGUUCCUCCAUAAAGGGACAAGCACUCGUCGACUUUGUCUCUGAGUUCUGCAACGUCCCAAUUGAAGAACAGCAGAAAGAAACCCCUUGGAAACUUUAUGUCGACGAUUCAUCCACCGGAGAACGAUCUGGAGCCGGCGUCGUAUUAAUCAGCCCUGAUCACCGCAUGUUCUGUGAAGCCUUGCCAUUUAACUUCAAAGCCUCAAAUAAUGAGGCUGAGUACGAAGCCCUUAUUGCUGGAGCAAGGAUGGCCUCAGGACUAGGGAUCUCCGACCUAAUCCUACAUAGCGACUCCCAACUAGUCGUGAAUCAGGUCAAUAGUGUAUAUAUGGCGAAAGAAGACAGGAUAGACAACUAUCUACGAGUUGUGAAAAAAGAACUUGAAAGGUUCAAAACCACCCAAGUCAAACAAAUUCCCCAAUCUCAGAACAAUCACGUCGAUGCAUUGGCCCGCCUAGCUACCAGUGAGGAAAUCGAGAAGUUCGAUAACAUUCCCGUAGGAAGAAUAUCCCUACCGUCCACCGAGCUGGAUAAAGUGGUCCUUAUGAUGAUAGACCCCAAACCAACUUGGCAGGACGAGAUCAUCGCUUACCUGAAAAUCGAAAAAUACCCCGAAAACUCUGCAGAGGCUAGAAAGCUCCGAACAAGGUCGGCCAGGUACACUCUCAUUGAUAAUAUACUAUACAAACGGGGAUAUUCCAUGCCCUUAUUAAGAUGCUUGAACGAAGAGGAAGCCCAGCACGCGUUGCAAGAUUUUCACGAAGGAAUAUGUGGAAACCAUUCUGGAGGACUCUCACUAGCCCACAAGAUCAUACGACAAGGAUACUUUGGGUUUGCAAUAAGACAAGAUUCCUAUGAAUUUGUCAAAAGAUGCGAUAAAUGUCAACGCUUUGCCCCCGUUAUAAAUACUCCACCACGCGAACUGAACCCAGUGACAGCAUCUUGGCCCUUUACAAAAUGGGGGGUUGACCUAAUUGAACCCAUGCCCGUUGGAAAAGGAAGUGUAAAAUCCGCCGUCGUUGCAGUGGAUUACUUCACUAAAUGA